AAGACCACAGCUGAUUUUUAAAGUGAUGGGUUAAAAAUGAAGUUAUUUAAAUUAAUUGUACAUCAAAAAAACUUUAGUGGCGAAGAUUUAAUAAUUAAUCCCAAAGAUUAUCCAGGAAUUAAGACUGGUGAUGUUGUUGAAAUUUAUCAUCCAGAGGAUGAAUUUAGCCGCUUACUUCUACAAGUUACAUUAUUUAAAGAAGAUCUUCAAGGACGUGAAACAAUUAGUGUUGAAAAUAAUGUAGCAACUAUGUUUCAAUUAAGAACUUUUGCUGAUGUUUAUAUGAAUAUUGUCAAUCCAGAAGAUGUAGCGUUAGACUCUGUUGAGCUAACAUUCAAAGAUCAAUAUAUGGGACGCAGUGAAAUGUGGAGAUUAAAAAAUAGCUUGGUGAAUACCUGUGUUUAUAUGAAUAAGAAGAUUGAAUUUUGUGGAGGUAGUAUUCGUUGCCAAGUUUAUGAAAUGUGGUCUCAAGGUGAUAGAGUUGCUUGUGGUGUUAUCACUGAUGAUACUAAGGUAGUCUUUCGUUCUUCUACAAGUAUGGUUUACCUUUUUAUUCAAAUGAGUUCAGAAAUGUGGGAUUUUGACAUCCAUGGCGAUCUUUAUUUUGAAAAAGCAGUUAAUGGAUUUUUAGCAGAUCUAUUUCAAAAAUGGAAAAAGAAUGGUAGUAAUCAUGAAGUAACAAUAGUUUUGUUCUCAAGAACAUUUUAUAAUGCCACGAGUUUAGAAGAGUUUCCAAAUCAUAUGAGAGAUUGUUUACAACAUGAUUAUAGAGGUAGAUUCUAUGAAGAUUUUUAUAGAGUAGCAGUACAGAAUGAAAGAUAUGAAGAUUGGAGUAAUGUAUUGGUACAAUUACGUAAAUUGUUUACUGAUUAUCAAAAAAUUGUUUUGGAAUAUCAUCAAAGGCCAGAUAUUGUUAUGCCUAAAGCAGUUAACUCUACAGCAGCCCAAGGCAAUUUUUUAGAAGUCCUGAAUAUGUCAUUAAAUGUUUUUGAAAAACAUUAUCUCGACCGUAGUUUUGAUAGAACAGGUCAAUUGUCAGUUGUAAUAACUCCAGGUGUAGGUGUAUUUGAAGUUGAUCGAGAAUUGACUAAUGUUACUAAACAAAGAGUUAUUGACAAUGGUGUAAAUAGCGAUUUAGUUUGUGUUGGAGAACAACCAUUGCAUGCAGUUCCUUUAUUAAAGUUUCAUAAUAAGGAUACGUCUAUAAAUGCACCAGAUGACUACAGUAUGCCUCAUUGGAUUAAUCUUAGUUUUUAUUCGACGAAUAAAAAAAUACCUUACUCUACUUUUAUACCACGCAUUAAAUUGCCUCAAAAGGUGUCUAAACAUUCUACGGAUAAUGGCAAAUUAAAUUGUAAAACUAAACUUUUACAAGAAGAUCCCAGGGAAUGUUUGCACAAUUCUUUAUUUGAUUAUGACGCUUAUGACGCUCAAGUUUUUCAAUUACCUCAUGUUCACACUUCAAGUAGUUUGCAAAGAGUUACUACGAGAACCAAAAAAACAAGUGUAGCAUGCAUUGAGACUCAUAACAAUGCUCACAUAUUAAAGCUUUUAAAACGUAAAAUGUCAGAUCCUGAUAUUCAUCAUCCACCACCUGAAACACAUGCAUUAAUACCAGCAGCAGCAAGAAGUGCUGCAAUCUCUAUACCUCAUAGGGCAGAAAGUGUUGAGAAUAUCGAUUCUAAUGAGGAAGCAAAUGUGUCAAGAACAUCUAUUAAAAGUGAUAUAACUGAUUCUGAAAUAUCACCACCAUUCAGACCAGUUGUUGGAAGUGCUGGUAGUCCAACUAAUUCAAUUUCUCAGCCUACAAAUAUAGUCAGACCUAGCAGAGCACUUAUCAAUCCUUUUGAUCCUUCACAUGUUACUAUAAAACUAACUAGCAAUAGACGCAGAUGGAGUCAUAUAUUUCCUAAAGGUCCAUCGGGUGUUCUAAUACAACAACAUCAUUAUCAAGCUGUUCCAACUCAGCCACAUCCUGAACCCCAGAGUGAUACCACCUCAACAUUGAGUGGAUCUCCUAUGGAGCAAAUUACAACAACUAGUAAUCCACAUCAUAUAUCAAGAUCAGCAUCUCAAAUUGGAUUUCAAGAUCAUACAAAAGGGAAGUUUCAACGAAUAAAUCUGAUAGGCGGAGAUAAAGUUUCAAAUACUAAUUCAUCUGGAACUAAUAAGAGUUUAACACUUUUAUGGGGUGCCACUGGUGAGCAGGAGUGGACACCAGCACUUACAACAGCAAUCAUAGGUGUUGACUGGAAGUCAUUAACAAUUCCUGCUUGUUUGCCCAUUACUACAGAUUACUUCCCAGAUAAAAGGAGUUUACAAAAUGAUUAUGUUGUUUCUGACUAUAAUCUUUUACCAGAUGAUGUAAAUGCAGAUUUUGCACAACAACGAGCAGUUUAUAAAAAACCUUUAACAACUGCAGAAGUCUUCAAAGAACUCGUUUCACAGAGACUGGCUCAAGGUUUUCAACUAAUUUUAUUACCACCUAUCAAUAAAAAUCAAAGUAAUACACCUGGUAGUGGUACAGCUGCACCCAUAAGUUCUGUAAUGCGAGGAAGACAAACAGAAUCUGAACCAAAAGAAGAAUACUUGCUUAGUAUUGGACGAAUUUUUCAUAAAAUAUCACUUUACGGUAACUCUAUAACAGUUACAAGAUACAGGCCAAGGCAUCCUUAUCCACCAUUUAAUAUCCAUUAUCGAUAUAGAUUUCAUGCUCCUCAUCAUGAUACUUAUGAAGUAUCAUGGGUAUCUUUUACAACAGAGAAACUUGAAAAUUAUAAUUGGAAUUAUUUAGAUCAUUAUAUAUGCACAAGAGGACAUACUGAUUUUUCUUUAGUAGAGACACUUAAAUAUUGGAGGUUUAGAGUAUUCUUAUUGCCAAUGAACAAUUUUGCAACACGAAAAAUUUUAGAAGGUUCAUCAAAAUGCGACAUAUAUACACCAGCUUCAGCAGCCGAGCAAGCUUCUCUCAUGGAUGGAUUUUUGCGUUUUAUAGAAGGAUGGUUGAACAAAAUACGACGACCGCUUCCUAAUAAAAAUUGGAGCCCCACAGUUCUAAGUGGUGUCCCUCCAAGAGACCCUGCCUCUCAUUUGACCAGACGCAGGCACAGCACGAGCCUAAUAUUCCUCACUAACCAGACCAGUCUAGUAAGCAGCUCUCCCUUUAGGGAACGACUUGGGAGCAACCGUCUACCAGAGAAACCACGACCAAGAUCAGGUUCCAAGGUAAUGGAUAGAGGAAGAGUCUCUCCUGCGAGUGAAGCAGUUCUUCCUCUUGCUUUAGAGCAACAACAGCAAGAUCACUUUGAAACUAAUGAGGAUAGUACUAAUAUGGAAUUAACGAAGUUGAAAAGUAAUGCUACAAAUGCUGAAAUUUUGGAAGCUAUGAAACAUCCACAAACAGGAGUAGGAUUUCUUACACAACAUCCAUCUUUACCGAGUCAAACUUUUGUUAGUGCAGAUGCGGUACAAUGGCUAAGUAAUAAUACAGAAGGUGGUGUUACUGUUGAAAGUGCCAUUAAUACUAUAAAAGGAAUGAUUCAAGAAACUCUUAUUUGUCACGCAUCUGGAGAUUUUUCUAAACCUUUUAUAUUAGGAUUUUAUUUAUAUCAUAUAGUUCAGGAUAAGGAAAAUCAAAAAGCUGCAGAUUAUUCACCACCUCUGGGUGAUCUUCAAAGUUUUGAAAAUGAAUGGGUGGAAGUUGAAAUGAAAGCUCCCAAAGGUUGGUGCGAACCAACUACUACUAUUGCUACUACUACAACUACUACUACUAGUACCACUACUACCACUUUACCAACAGUGUCAUCUCCUAUAUCUAUACCUAAUUAUGAUACUGUUGAUGAAUCGAAUGUACCAUUAUUUUUAAGGGACGAUUUAGAUUUAACAAGUUUCUUGGAGGAGAAGGAAUUGAAUGGUCCACCAUAUAAACACACGCAUUUAGACAUUGAUAUCAAUAACAAAAGUGAUAGAAUAGAAUGGGGACAUCUCAGGUAUCAAUCUGUUUAUAUGAUUGAUCAUUCUUACGAACUUGUAGUGCAAUGGGUAGCUUCAUCUGGUAGUAUUGUAGCUGAUCUUAUAUUCAUCUGGCAACGUAAAGCUCAAAUGUGUGGAAUUCAAAUGAUACCAAUUCCAAGUGAUUUGUUAGCAUUACCAUUUACUUUAAAAAGUGAUCCUUUAAGAGGUCCUAUCUUUAUACCACUAGAUACAGAAUGUCUUAUGGGAAAUAAACAAUUUCUAUUUGAAGAAUUUCGCGAAGAUACUUAUGCUCAAAGAUUAUUCUUAUUUCAAGAAGCUAUAUUACGAAGAUUUGGUUUUAUACCCUGUUUGAUUGAAAGUUCGGAAAAUGAUCAUCAAUAUGUUCAUAUGACUGGAAAUGCUUUUAUACUUGUACCAUCGACUAAAAGUACAAGGCCACGUCAACGUGCUGGUACAAAUAUAGUAAGAAGAAGUACAGGACAAAAAAGAUAUCCAGUACAUCCUGAACAACCAAGUCCACAUGAAGCAUAUAUAACACGUCAUGUUAGUGGCAAAAGUAAAGAUGAUUAUAAUGUAGAUAGACGAAUGGGAUUUCUUUGGUCAUGGAAUCAUAUGAUCAGUCGGAAGUGGAGAUCUUUAUCCACUUCAGCCGGUGAUGAAUUGUUUCAAAAGAAAAUUAUUCAAGAUUUUAAACACUUUUGUUCAAAUGGGGAUAAUAGAUUGAAACAAUUUUGGGAUUCUUGUUGGGAGUUAAAAGAAAAAAGUUGUACGCGUUUAAAGCAGUAAGAAGAAGAAGAAGAAGAAGAAGA